AUGAAGACAGCACAGCCACCGUUCGACAUCGUAACGGACCUGCCGAGCCAGGAGUUGCUCGAGGUGUCCCGUCGGGAGCUUCGCGAAACGCCGCAGGUGCGCGAAGACGCGAUCCUGCGAUUGCGCGCGAUGCUCCACGAUACCACCGAUCUGCACUACGCCGACGACGACGAGUUUCUGCUGAUCUUCCUGCGGCCGUGUCAUUUCUAUCCGGAAAGUGCCCUCAAAAUGAUGCGACGGAUUGCCGAGUUUAAAAAGAGCUACUACCCGCUGAUGCACAACCUGUCGCCCGAAGACGAGAAGCUCUCUUUCAUCGAUCACCGGAUCGUGAAUGUGCUGACCAAUCGGGACCAGAAGGGACGCCGGAUACUGAUCGUAAACUGUGGUGCCGUCUGGGAUCCGAAGGCCGUGUCGACCGAUAAGCUGUUCCGGAUGUUUUAUCUGGUACACCUGGUGGCGCAGCUCGAGCCGGCCACCCAGAUCAACGGUGUGGUAAUCCUGAUGGACUUUGAGAGUCUGUCGCUCAAGCAGGUCCGAGGACUGUCCCCGUCCUUCUCGAAGCUGCUGCUUACGUUUCUACAGGAAGCGGUUCCGUUGCGCAUGAAGGAGUUCCACAUCCUCAAGCAGCCGUACAUCUUCAACAUGGUUUGGACACUGUUCAAGCCCUUCAUCGGUGAUAAGCUCAAGAAACGGUUGUACUUCCACGGGAACGACAUGAAGAAGCUCCACAAGCACAUCGAUCCGGCCGAUCUGCCCAAGAACUACGGAGGAACUCGGCCCGCGCUGGACUACGGUUCCCGCGACUGGUAUCCCUGUAUCGAGAAGUACACCGAGCACGUGCACCACUGGAACAGCUACGGCUUUGCGGCCGGUCCGUGA